CUGCGACGCGAAUGGUCGCUAAAACACCGGGUCGGGUCGCCGGGCCGGACGUAAACGAGAGUCCUAAAUCAGGGAGAUUCCCUCAGAUCGAAGACAGGGCGCUCGAGGACGCCGUUGUGGAGAUCACUUACGAACUCGAGUCCGCGGAGGGAUACCGAGGGGCAGGCUUGGUGGUUGUCCCGCAGCUGCGCUCGCUCCGCCGUGCCUCGUCCUGUCGCGGUUUGUUUCGGCUUUUCCAGCGGCCUUUUGCCAUGGGUAUCGAAUCGGGUACCUCCCGCGACCUGGCCGUCGCUUGUCGGGUGUGACUGAUCGCUCGGCCCACCCGGACUUUUCCAGGGAGCCUCGUCUCAGGAAACAUCUCCUUCACCUCUUGCACUGCUUGCUGCAACUUGCAGCAAGAUAGGAAACGCUUCAAUGCAGCAAGCUCAGGCUUUGCCGCAAGAGGAAGUUCAAGAGGGUAGCCUGACAGCCUCUCAGGAACAACAGAUCACCUUACCGUCUGGACAGCAGAUACGAAUUGUAAAUGCUGCGUUACUACAGCAACUUCAAGCUGUCCAACAGCAGGCAAUGCAGCAGCAGCAGUUACAACAACAGGCUGUACAGCAACAACAGCAAAUUGUUGAGUCAAAUGCAAUGGUUGCUGUCAACCCCAAAAGGGAGCCUGGCUCCCCCCCGCCGUCCCCACAGUCAAAUGGCCAUCAGACCCAGCUGGUUACACUACAACAGCUUCAGUCAUUUUUACCUCAACACAUGCAGCUGACAAAUACAGCUACUCCCCAGCCUCAAAUACAAGAUGCUGCUCAGCAGGCUGCUAGAGAUACCAAGCCCACUCUAGUUUCCCUUCAAAAUGUACCAAGUCAAUUUAUGCAGCCUCAACAAAUAGUGUCAUCAGCUGGCCAAAAUGUGACAUACAACGUAGUACAACCAAUGCAAACUGUCACGCUUGAUGAUCAAGGCUCGGUUGUUAUUAAUGCGGGUGGUGGAGCAACCCAACAGCUCCAACAGCUGCAACAGUUCCAACUACCAGGGGGCCAAACUUUUCUCACACCCUCAGUUUUGAGGGGAGCUAAUGUUUUGCCAGCUUCUAAUUUACCAGCUGGUCUUCAAACAGGGCUACUUCAAAACCUUGCUGGUCAAACAAUUCAGUUCCCUGGAGGUGGUAUGGCAGUGAGACAAGCUGGUGUUGGAGGAUUACAACAGUUAGUACAAAUGCCUGCAGUGCAACAAACAAUACCUGUUCAAGUUCCCAUUAGUACCUCAAAUGGCACCAUUUAUCAGACUGUACAUCUACCAGUGCAGUCCAUGCAAAAUGUGCAGCAAAUUCCUCAAAUGAUCCCUCACAUGCAGCUUGGCCAAGUUUCCGCUCCCCAGAUGGCCCAGAUUGUCACCCCAUCUGGUCAGAUCCAACAGGUACAGUUGACAUCACUGGCACAACUUGGAGGUCUCAAUCAGCUGCAAUUAGCCCAAGCGCAGCAGCAGGCCCAGCAGGCCCAACAACAACAGUCAGUGCAACAAAGUGCCAACAGCUCAGUCACCUCUAGUACCUGGAGUACUUCCACUGUCACUUCUCCAACUGUUUCAGUUCAGACUGUCAAUGCUCCCACCAUGUUAAACAGUGUUGACGCAUCAGGUCAGCCUCAAAUAUCAUUUGCUGGAGGUCAAGUUGUUCUUCAGCAGCACCAACCACAACAACAGCAGAUAACUCUUCCAAAUGGACAAGUUGUCACUGUGAUCCAGCCUAGUCCUAAUAUGACAAAUGUUGGUGGCUUAACCAAUAUUAGCAAUUUAACUCAAGUCAGACCUAACGUAUUUCAGAUACAAAAUUUAUCAAACAUGGCGAAUGGGGCAAAUGUGACCAAUCUGUCAAAUCUUCAGUCAUUUCCCAUUCAGAAUAUUCCAGGUCUAGGAAAUGUCCAAUUGAUACCCGCUAGUGCCUUGUCAUUAGCACAACAGUUAGGGUUGAAUGCACAACAGCAGCAGCAACAGCAGCAGCACCAGCAGCAACACCAGCAGCAGCAGGCCCAACAGCAAACUGUGCAGGCUCACCAAGUUCAGGUUCAAUCCCAACAACUGCAACCACAGCAGCAGCAAGUUCAGCAGGCUCAGCCACAAGCUUCUGCUGUAGUCUCCCUUCCAGGUGGACUUCAAAUUAUGACUCAACAAUCUCAGCAAGUUGCUGCAGAUAGUGGUGAUCAAACAGUUCAAUGGCAAGUUGUUAAUUCAUCACCAGCACCUGCUCCCGCUCCCACACCCUCAGUUAGUACCUCUUCAGGUCGAAAAGAAGGGAAGCGCCAACGACGAGUGGCUUGUACAUGUCCUAAUUGUAACGACUCUCGGGAAAGGGGUGGAGAGAGACGUAAAAUUCAUAUUUGUCAUGUAGCUGGUUGUAAUAAAGUGUAUGGGAAGACAUCUCACUUACGCGCUCAUUUACGGUGGCAUUCAGGAGAAAGGCCAUUUAUUUGCAGUUGGAAUUACUGUGGAAAGCGAUUUACAAGAUCAGACGAAUUACAGAGACACAGGAGAACACACACUGGAGAAAAGAGGUUUGCAUGCCAAGAUUGUGACAAAAAGUUUAUGAGGAGUGAUCAUCUUAGUAAACACAACCGAAUCCAUGCCAAACAGAGGAGAGAAGGUCUCCCUGUUGGUCCUGUGGGUCCAAAUGAAAACUCUGAGCAAGAAAUGGCUACCUCUACUCAAUCAGGGUCUGAAGAUGAAGAUGAUGGAUCUGAUGGUGAGGAAAGUGGCUCAUCUGGAGAUGAAGAUAUGAAAAUAAUUAUUAACCCAGAGCCUGACCAAUCUGAUGUGGCAGAGCCCCUUGAAAGUCCACAAAUGGCCAGCUGAGUGUGUCUUUUGCGUCCUGAAUCUCCAUCAGGACGCAUAUCUGGCAACAGUGAUGAAGACCUAUUCGUUCUAUCUGCUGCUAGUAUUCUUGAUAAUGAUAUGAAGUCAGAAAAUGAUUUUACUGACAUCAUUAGCAUGGAUAGAACUGAUAAUUGCAGUUCCCAACAAUAUACUGAGUUUGGAGAGACCUCUGUCAGGAGAAUGCACCUCAGAAGUGAUGGAACUUGUCAAGCGUCAAGUGUAUUAGACGGUGCCUUAUUGAAUGAAGAAAUGUUGAAUGUUCCUUCAAUCCAAGUUGGAGUUAGUGAAAAUUUUGAUUCCUUAUCAGGAUUCUCUCCUGGGUACAGUCUUCGAUCAAGGAAAAGUAAUAUAUGAUAAUGAGUUCCUUACUGUUGAAUUGAAAGAGUAGAACAUUGUAUGCACUGCAGAGCGCAUCUUUUUUACCUAACUCCAUAUUUGGUAUUCCCGUAAGUUUAAGGUUUUAUUUGUUGUGUGAUUGUGUACUAACAUGGGAACUGUGUGUACAGUAGUUACCUCAAGAAUGCUUGUAGAUGUUGAUUUCAAUUUGGUUGGUUGGUUUGUUUUUUUAAAUUUUUCUUCCUUUUUUUUUCAACAAACCAUCACAGAAUUUUUUCAGUACUAUAACUUUUUGAACCAAAGAUCACUGAAAUACUGCAAUUCUGUAACAGUAUUCCAUUUUAUCUAUGAUUCUCAUGCAAUGGUCUUUGAGCUUAUCUGCAGACAGUGUGUGUAGUAAAUCAAUUUAUAUUAUGAAAGGUACCUAAUGUCUGUAAUUCUUAAACUGCCAAUUUGGUGUUUAGAAGUCUGUGCUACCUAGUAUCUUUUUUAGCAUUUACAUUUUGUUAUAAAUGUACUAUUGUGCUACCUCAAACCAUCAAUUUAAUCUUCAAUUUUUUAAUUAGUUCUUAUUGAAGGUCCCGUCCAACGAAUGUGCACUGUAUACUUAAACCAUCAGUGUUCCUUCACUGAUGGGGGCCAAAAAUGUUGUCUUCACAUGAUAUUUUAUUAAAUGUGUUCGUUUUAAAAUAGAAUAAGUUAUUCGAGUUAAUGAGCAUAGAGACUCAUUGUUUGUCUGUGAUAACUGGCUGUUUGACUUUAACAUUGCCUGCAUCUGUUUUUAUUGUUAUAAUUUCUUCUCUGUCAUCUCAUUUAUUAGCUUAAGUUUAAUUUUAGUAAAAUGUUGGAAAUCUCUUCAAUCAGUAAUGUUAAUUCAGACAGAAUGCAUGUAACUGGUCAGUUGAUUCAGUUUUUCCAAAAUUAUUUUCAAGGCAGAUACCUUUCUCAGCUGGACCUGAAAAAGAGUAUUUAUAUUGUGCUUCCAUGUUUUUUUUUGAAAUUCUCUCCAUUGUGAGGCUUUUAUACCAAAGUUAGUGCCAUUGAUAUUUUGUUUGAGGAACCAACUUUUUGCUAUUUCAACAUAGUGUUAAGAUAUUUGUCGUCAAAAGUGCUGGUGUUUUUUUUUUGUUUUUUUUUAAGAGCCUAUUACCACAUCCUCUGGCUUUAGGUGUGCAAGCUAAUUGUCCGCAGCCUUUACCAUUCAGUAAAUUGCAUUGCAAGGUCAUAAUAAAAAGCUAUUAGUUCAA